AUGCAUGCCGAUCCCGAGACUCCCUCAGCAGCGCGACCGACAGCCCUGGCCACUUGCUCCGAUUCAUCACCAACUCAGUGGCAGUCGCAGCAGAGGUUCGAAACCGAAAUCGAAAUUUGUAACCAGCCUGCUGGCCCCACCGCCAGCCGCAAUCUGACCGGCAGCAGAAUUUUCGGCGGCCACCGCACAUACCAGGCCGGAUCCAUGAAUAACGAGUUCAAAAGGCCGGUUUUCAAUGGCAACCAGACCUUCAUAGCUAGCGGGAGGUCCGAGAUCCUAGAGUGGAUAUCCGUAAUCUCGUACACGGAUCACCACGGGCGUAUCAGUGGUAGUCGGCUACAUGGUACUAAUACAUGUCCUGAAACGACUAUAUGCAUCGAUGCCUUGGACGAAGUGGAAUCCAAAGUCCGCUUACAAUUACUGAAGUCGCUGAAGCAUGUCAUGGAAAAAACCAAGAACCGGGUCAAGAUCUUUGCAACAACUCGGAUGGACACCGACAUUCUUCCCGACGACAAUGCCGCUGACAUCAACCGGUUCAUACAGACGAUUAUUGAGGCUGCCAUCAAAGAUAAGAGACUACUUGACAGUGAUAUCUCGGAUGAGGUUAAAGGCGAAAUAUGCGACGCUCUUCGGGAGCGAUCCAAGGGAAUGUUCCGACUAGGUGCGCUUCAGAUUACCGUUCUCUGCGAUAUGUCCACUAAAAACGAAGUGAGACGCAGUCUGGGGUCCCUUCCGAAAAUACUGGCCAACGCCUACGCCGAGAUGUACGAGCGCAUUCUCGGCCAGCAAGGUAGCGCUCCCCAACUAACACUCAGGGCGUUCCGGUGGAUCCAAUGCUCAUACGAACUGAAACGAACCGAAACUUUGCUUGAUGCGAUCAUGGUCGACGUUGGCGGCUCGGGUGAAUUCGCCCACGACGGCACGAACUUCCUCAUCAUGGACGAACGUUCAAAUGUGUUCCGAUUCGCACAUCUUUCCGCGGAUGAAUACCUCGAGACUCAGCUGCUCAAGGUCGAUUCUCACACUGAGAUCGCAAAAUCUGCACUGGAGUCUCUGAGGUCUGCUCACGAAACCGGCACGGGCCGGUUUUUCUGUUUGUUUGGCUUACGACGGAUAUUCAUCGGCGUAUUCCAGCCCAAGUCCAAGCGGAAUCGUGUUCGCAUGAACCGGUUACUGCUCCACGCCUGCACGUUUGGAGACCUUGAUAUCGUCCAGCUGCUGCUUGACGGGGAAGCCGACGUCCCGGCCGCCAACUGUUGGAUACGGACGCCAUUGCACGAGGCCUCGUCGGAAGGGCAUGGGGCAGUAGUGCGGCUGCUCAUCGGCCGGAGAGCUGAUGUCUCAGCUGUCGACACGGAUGGGCACACGCCUCUGCACCUGGCCGUAAUGCUCGAGAAUGAAGUCGUGGCACGGCUGCUUAUUGACCGCGAAGCAGAAGUACCUGCCGCGAACACGGACGUGUAG